AGAAAGGAGACCUACAGCUCCUACAUCUACAAGGUCCUCAAGCAGGUUCACCCAGACACCGGUAUCUCCAACCGCGCCAUGUCCAUCCUGAACUCUUUCGUCAACGACAUCUUCGAGCGCGUCGCAACCGAGGCCUCCAAGCUCGCCGCAUACAACAAGAAGUCGACCAUCUCAUCCCGCGAGAUCCAGACCUCCGUGCGACUGAUCCUCCCCGGCGAGUUGGCCAAGCACGCCGUCUCUGAAGGCACCAAGGCCGUCACCAAGUACUCUUCGUCCACCAAAUAG